GGGUAGCCAGGAGUGUCUGAGGAAUAUCACACAUUGUUCCACCUGGGAGGCGGGGGUGCCAGCCUGUUUUUGCCCUCAGCUUGUCCCAUGCUCCCUCAUCAGUAUGACCUGUAACAGUGGCGACCACAUUGGUUUUGUUCUCUGCCUUGUCCAAGUGUCUAACACAUAGUAGGUGCUUUAUAAGCAAUUCAUGAAAUAACUGAAUGAGUAUGUCUGAGCAUCAGUGCUCAUGCAGUCUGUAAGUGAAAACUAGGUCAACUUGCAGACUUCGUUGAUGUUCAGGUACAAUCACACUAUGUUUCCAAAGAAGAGAGUGUCCAAAGCAUAGUACUAGAAACAAAAUAUCCAAUUUCUGAGUGCUUUCUCUCCCCACACCAGCAUGUUAUUAGAGGGAGAGGGAAAUUUUUUAAAAAAUGCCUUGAGCAUACUUAUUUGUCAUAACCCAGGCUUUGGUGCUGAAAAUGACAUGUUUCUCUUUAUUAAACAUGUUCAAAAACCUCAGAAGGUUUCUAACGGGCUUAUGCAUAUAUUGUAUUCCAAGUAUACCAUAUUCCCAGAUUUAGCUACCAAAACAAUCGACAGACUUAAAUUUGUAUAAGCCUAACAAUAUUUUUGGUUAACGUACUGGUUCAAAGAACGUGAAGAGGUAAGAAAUGGCUCGCAGUUCACUUUCGCAUUUAUUGUUACAAGUCUAACCCCCAUUAACACUAUCAAUAUUAGCAGAAUGCUUUUUCUUUUGUUUCUCCUUCCCUCUUCACUCUUUUGGCAAAUGAAAGGCAUCAGUAAUAGCUCUACAUAACAUACCAGGCAAUACAGUGUUAAAGUGCUGCCUGAGUUGUUGAAGAGUUAGUGGGCAGGCAUUACAAUUCACUGUAGCUGUAAUAGAGGGUAAUGUCACUUUAAGACAUGUGAUACUUUACAGAGGAGGGAUGUAUCGAAACAGACUACCAGACUACUGCUACUUACAGCACCGUAUAGCAGCCCUGCUCCUGCAUUUUGCUGCCUUACUCUGCCCUGAAUGCACAGGACCGGGGAUGGUCCGUCAUUAACUGUAAACUGACUCUCAUCAGGAAACUGCACAUUAUUCCACCAUCCCUUCAAAGGUCUCAUCAGGCAGAGGUGACGCCAGGAGAUGAUUUAAAGGUGAAAAUGACAAGGUUUCCACCCCUCAAACCUUGGCUCCUUUUCUGACAAUACAGUCUGAAUGCACCCGAUGUCUUCUUUACUGUGGAAAUAGCAUCGGAAGAAAAAACAUAUUUUUUAAUCCUGAUAAAGAAGAUUAUUGGGAAGCUCUUUUUUAAAAAAAAAAAAUCUCCAAUUGUGCACAGAUGGAUUUUAGAAAGUGUUAGAGCUUUCCAAUGAACACUAAUAGAGUACUCUGCUCUUGGCUGGAUUUUUCAGAGAAUGGCAAUGGUCUCUGCAAUGUCCUGGGUCCUGUAUUUGUGGAUAAGUGCUUGUGCAGUGCUCCUGUGCCAUGGAACCCUUCAGCACACCUUCCAGCAGCACCACCUGCACAGACCAGAAGGAGGGACAUGUGAAGUGAUAGCUGCACACAGAUGUUGUAAUAAGAAUCGAAUCGAGGAGCGGUCACAAACAGUAAAGUGUUCCUGUCUGCCUGGAAAAGUGGCUGGAACGACAAGAAACAGACCUUCCUGCGUCGAUGCCUCCAUAGUGAUUGGGAAAUGGUGGUGUGAGAUGGAGCCUUGUCUAGAAGGAGAAGAAUGUAAAACGCUACCUGAUAAUUCCGGUUGGAUGUGCGCUACAGGCAAUAAAAUUAAGACCACAAGAAUUCACCCAAGAACCUAAUGGAAGCAUUUGUUAUAGUAGCAAAGGAAAACCACCUCUGCAGAAAACACAUUUUAAGAAUUUAAAACAUCUUACACAUUACAAGCCAAAUGGAUUUCUUAUUUGCACUUUGACUGGUUACCAGAAAAUCACAGUGCUUUUACUGUGUGUCAUGAAGUAUCCUAUAGUGAGAAGACCCUGCAUUUUUGGCAACACCAUGGAAAGUGGGUUUAAAAAAAGGGUUUUCUCCAUGAAAAUUUUUGGGAUUAUGAAGAACGAUCAACUAUCUUCUAAUUUGGAUCUAUAGUUACUUUGUACCAUUUUAAAUAUAUGUAUAUAUAUAAUAUUUUGAAAUAUUAUAUAUUCUCUUCAAGAAAUGAACAAUACCACAGUUUGAGGCGGCUGGUGUACCUCUUUGAGUUUGGAUGUCUUGUUUUGUUUUGUUGCAUUUCUUUUUCUCUUGGCGAGGAAGACAUGUGCCCUUCUGAAAUUUCAACAUGGCACUCACGCUGGAAGGCCAGCUACAGGUGGACUCCUGGAAUCUGAGGCAUCGUAACAAUACUGAAUCGAGAGCUUCCUUCUGUUUCUACCAGAUGGCCCAAGGAAGCACAUCGUCCUGUUUUAUUGCUUUCUACCCUGUGCAAUAUUAGCAUGCAAGCUUGGCUUACAUAACCAUACUUUAUAUUCAAUUGAUAUAUAAUAACCAUCCUAACCUCUUCCAGGAAAGUAUUUUUAGAACUACUAGCUUUUCCACAGAUAAGAAAAAUAAGAAUUCUUGAGGGAGCUGCUCCACCGUGCUAUUAAGACUCUGGCAAAAUUAUGGUAGAAUACGGAUCCCUGUAUUAAUAAGUUCUGUAAAUACAAUGUCUUAAGGCUUUGUAUAGCUGUCCUAGACUGCAGAAAUGUCCUCCAAUGAAAUCCAAAGUCUGGCAUCAUUAAGUACAUAGUGCUGUAGCAACAAGUCUUAUCAUGGUACCUCUUUCUAUGUUUGAUUUGCUUUUUUCAUGAGUAUUCAAAUCUCUUCUGGUGAGAUAGGAAGACCAUUAAAGCAAUUAGGUUUCAAAAUGAUCUAUGUGACCAAAUGCUGGACAGCCCUAUUAAAGUGGUAAAUAACUUCUUUCUAAACCUACUUGUCCUCUUUAUUUGCCAUUUAUUUUUCCUGAGUCAGUUUUAGCCAAAUCCACAGAACACCCUGCUUAGAGACUCAUAGUCACCCAGAAUUUUUCCAUGACGUCUUUGCUACAAUCGCAGCCAAUAUUUCCAACCCCAGUAUUCUGAAAAUCAGAAAUUCAUUACUAUGACUGCUGUGUUCUCAGCCAGUAAGAUUAAAUGUCAAAUCCCAUUAUUGGGUUUCUGUACUGGUCACUUGGACCAUACAUAUGGGGCUCCCAUCCCGAAAAAAGAAAUUCUUGUCCAUCUUCUCUUUCUAAAAGUUACUCAGAUAAUGAUUAUAAAAAGGAAAUAACUACUUGUUAUCUACCUGGGAUAGUGUAAUAGUAUUAUACAUUCCUGUUGCUUAACCUAUCAUAUUGCAAGGAUAUCUACUUUUUCUCCAAAGCCUUCCCUCUAGAAUACAUGUUUUAGGGCUUCGUAUUAGAUCACCAGCACAUUUGGCCGCCUAGUUUGGAGUUUUAAAGUUAAACCUCAGGUAAUAUCCAGAGGCUCCUUAAUGUCUACCAGUAUAACUUGAAGUCUGAUUGAAUAUGUAGAUACUCUAAUCAGAUAGAUGGGUUCUCCAUCUUGAAUGCCUAUAAAAGCAUCCAGAAAUGGAAAUGGAAUCCUAACUACAAAAUCUAGGCUUUCCAAAUACUUUCAAAAAUAUUUGCCAGAAGAUAGCAUAAGAUUCAUACAACCAAAUCACAGUCUCUUGAAUUUAUGGUCCCUUUCCGUGUACUGAGUAAUAUAUUGGCAAUCGACUUUCACCUGUAAUUUUCAGAGUAACAACUGAGAUCCUAAACGCAAAGAGUGACCUAGAACGGUACAUCCCAAGAUGGGGAGGAAAAAACCUCCCUAAUCAAAUAUAUUGGGGGAACAUUUUUAAUAAAAUAAACAGAUAUAUUUACUGAGGAAAUUUUCAGAAACUUUAAUGCACAAAAAGUGUUGUAUGUCUUCAGGAAAGACUAAAACACGGGGAGCAAAGUAAAAAUCUUCCCAAAUCCAGGCAUGCUAGGUGGAUACUUGACUAAUGGACAGCACAUCCCUGCCUAGUAAGAAGGUACAAGAAAUUAUUUCUCUGUGAGGAUAUAUUCACUGCCUUGUUACAUCUUCAAUUUUUUCCAAGAGCACCAGCAAUCUGGAUUUUUAUGUAACAUCUCCUAACAUUCUUAAAUAAGAGGAACUAAUCUGAGAUGUUUGCUAUUAAAAACUCUGCAAGCAUUGUUAUUGCCCCAAAUUCUGUGAUCAUGUAGUCUUUUCUAUGAGAUUACUGUUUCCUGGAAUACCCUGUUAACAGCGUUGGUCCUGAAUGGAAACUCAGUGUGAAGUUUGGCCUCGCGCAUACAGACCCUUCUCAUAAUUUACGAUAUGAGGAACUCACAGCUUCUCCUCCUCUGUAACCAGAGCCUGUAAGUCAAUGAAAGAAUUAGUCUAGAGGCCCACAUCUGUCAGUUCAUUUCGUAGUGGUUACUUGAUGCAUUAGCCUCCCUUGGAAAGGCCUGGAAGAAGAGAGAAGGAGAAAAAAAGACCACAUCAGAAUCAGGCAACCGUCCCGUAAAACCGUGCAAAUAUUUGUAAAUGUCAUCAAAUUCAAUUUGGAUUUAUCAAGUCCCUUAUACAAAUGUGUGAACCGUCACGUUGUGUUUAAAUUGGACCCACCCCAGUUAGGGGGGGAUUCAGUAGCUACCCCAUGCCUACAUGUGUGGUUUAAAAACUUUUAUCA